AUGUUGUCAGAAACAGUUAUUUAAUAAUCUCCAGCAAAGAAAAUUAUAAAAAGAAUACAAGGUUUUACAAAAAAAGGAAUUUUAACUUAAUAAGAUGAAUUUAAUAAUACUAAGGAUGAACAUAAACAAACUUUAGAAGAUAGACUAAAAAUGUAAAAUUAUUUAAAAGAAGCCAAAGAAGAACUUAUGAAAAUUGCUAAUCAAAACAACAAUUUCAUGAUAUUCUCAUCCUAUGAAGAGAUGUUCAAACACAGGGAAACAAGAAGAAAUGAAGAAUAAUAAAUGAUUUUUAAACCUUUACACUUUCCAACCAAAGGCGGAUCUGUGAUAAGAUGUAAAAAAAUAUAGUAAAAUACAACACCUGAAGAAAUGAAUGCUAACUAUGGCAUAUUGACUUUGGAAUAGAAAAUCCAAGCAAAUAAAGCCUAUUCAGAUAGGUAAGAGAGCAAUUCCCCAAAUAAAUUUGAUUUUACUGAGAAAUUUCAUCAUAUCGAAGGCAAAAUAGCGAAGCAAAACAGAAUAGAAAUCAUCAAAGAAUAUAGUAAGAUUUACAAGAGAGUGCAAAUAAAGGCUGUUCCUAAAUAAUUAAAUAACUCUCAAUAUUCAUCGAAAUACAGACAGGCAGUUCAAAAGGUCUAAGUUAUAAAUCACAGAAAAAGUGGUAAAAAUAUUCUACCCGUUUUAUCAAUUGAGAAAAAAGAAUCAGUGGAAUCAGUUCUUUCAGAUCUCAAUUACAGUAGAUGGUCCUUGGACUAAGACAUUAGUUAUCAGCACAUUCCAGAUCAAAAGAUAGGAUUACAAUAAAGAUUAGGUGGGGGAUUUACUAGAAGUACUUUUCUAAAUGACAUCUGGGAUUUAUCUUAUGUUAAUGCAGUUAAUUUAAUAAAACGAUUAAUUUCAAAUGAAUUUAAUUAAAGCCCAUAUACUGUAAUGUAUAUUAAAUCUUCUGUUCUUACCUCAUUCAGUCCUUCUCAUGAAUGGAUAAUGAAAUCCAAUAAGAUUUUGUAUUGUUUUUACAUAAUUUGA